GAAGCCGAAGCGCAAAUCGCGAGGCAGCCCCGCUCCAUGGUGGCUUGCGAAACGGGAUUAUAUCCAGAUGAUCUGAUAAAUGUGACAGUCUAAUGAUCAUACAGGCAGGUCGAGAUUUCAUGUGUAGCGAGCGCAGGCUUUUUUUCGACGGCACGGGCUUAUCAGAUCGCGCCGUCUGCGGUCAGUGUGGUGGUAUCUUAUCAAUUUCACCUGAUCAGCUUUGAUCUGUGAUUCCGACAACAAGCUUUAUCGCUGGUUGCUGUUUUACACCUGCAGUCUCAGGUCCCACGUCCUCUUCCUUUCUCGGUCUCAGUAGAAGUCUCUACAGCUUCACCAUGGCCAUCUCUUUGUCGAGCUUCCUCCUUUCACUUUCCCUUCUCAUCUCAGCAACUCUUGCCGCUACUGUCACAUAUGACUUCGACGUAGCAUGGACAUAUGCUAAUCCGGACGGCCAGUACACCCGUCCGGUCAUCGGCAUCAACGGACAGUGGCCAAUUCCUCCUAUCGUCGCAACCAAAGGCGACCAGGUCAUCGUCAAUGUCAAGAACUCGCUGGGUAACGAGAGUGCAAGCCUACAUUUCCAUGGGCUGUACAUGAACGGAUCGACGCACAUGGAUGGUCCUGUUGCUGUCACUCAAUGCGGUAUCCUUCCUGGGUUAUCCUUCACAUACAACUUUACGGUUGACCAGCCCGGCACGUAUUGGUACCACAGUCACGUGCGCGGCCAGUACCCAGAUGGCCUUCGUGGGCCGCUGAUCGUGAAAGAUCCCGAGAGUCCCUUCAAGGAUCAAUACGAUGAGGAGGUCGUUCUCACCUUUUCGGAUUGGUAUCAUGAGUCCAUGCCAAGACUGAUGUCGGGCUUCAUUAGCAUUGCUAAUCCGUCUGGAGCGGAGCCUGUUCCUCAGGCCGCAUUGGUCAACGAUACGCAGAACCUUCCUGUCAAGUUUGAGCCUGGAAAGACAUACAUGUUCCGAAUGGUGAAUAUUGGCGCUUUCGCGGCACAGUAUGUUUGGUUCGAGGAUCACACCAUGCGCGUCGUUGAAGUCGAUGGCAUUUAUACCGAGCCUAUGGAUGCGGAAAUGCUUUACAUCACUGCUGCUCAGCGCUACAGCGUUUUGAUAACUGCAAAGAACGACACCAACUCAAACUUUGCAUUUGUUGGCUCGAUGGACGAGGAUCUCUUCGAUGUUGUUCCAGACGGUCUGAAUCCUAAUGUUACAGGAUGGCUCGUCUACGAUGACAGCAAGGUAAAGCCUGAAGCCAAACUGAUCGACUCGUUCGACGCCCAGUUUGACGACUUCAACCUAGUGCCCUACGACAAAGAAGGCAUCUACUCCAACGUCGACCAGUCAAUCACUCUUGAUAUGAAGAUGGAUAACCUCAACGACGGCGCGAACUACGCGUUCUUCAACGACAUUACCUAUGUCGCUCCCAAAGUGCCAACUCUGUACACUGCCCUGUCUACAGGGGCCAACGCGACCAACCCCGUCAUCUACGGCCAUGACACCAACCCCUUCGUACUCGCCCAAAAUCAAGUGGUAGAGAUCAUCCUGAACAACGAUGACCCCGGAAAGCACCCCUUCCAUUUGCACGGACACGCAUUCCAAGUUGUCGGCCGCUCAGAGGAAGAAGCAGGCGCAUUCGACCCGAACAACGCCACCCAAACCGCGUUUGCAACAACGCCGAUGCGAAGAGAUACCGUGCUCGUGAGACCCAAUGGACACAUUGUGCUGCGCUUCCAGUCCAACAACCCCGGAAUCUGGCUCUUCCACUGCCACCUGGAGUGGCACAUGGCCUCAGGCCUUGCCAUCACGAUGAUCGAAGCGCCGCUCGCCAUCCAGAUACAGCUCGAGGGCAAGAUCCCGCAGGACCACUGGGACACGUGCAAAGCAGGAAACGUACCGGUGGCUGGCAAUGCGGCUGGCAAUACUGUCGAUUUACUGGAUCUACAGGGCCAAAAUGAGAGUCCGGGUGCGCUUCCGGCGGGUUUCACAGCACGCGGUAUCGUGGCAUUGGUAUUCAGCUGUUUGAGUGCGUUCUUGGGGAUGGGUGUUAUUGGAUGGUAUGGUCUCAAACCCAUUGGCGAUAAGAAGGUCAGGUAGUGCAAAGCAAGUUUCGGGAAGUGAGGGCGAGGUAUGAUGUGCUCUUAGCGAUGUGUAAUUCUUACGAUUUUAAUGACUACAUCUUGAUUGCCUCUCCACUAGAACUCGGCGACUCCCAUCUGAGGCCCUACUGACUUCCCCUGCGUCGUGCGGAUGGCUGGAAAGCGCAACCCGGUACGAGGCAAGUUGGCAGUGGGCCACGCCGUCAGACCUCUU